AGUCGUGCCCGCGCCCGCGUGCCCGUGCCCCAACACAGCUCAAGAGCGCCGUGUGGCCUGUGCUUCGUUUCCCCUGAUCUCUGCUCGGCCAGGCGGGGGUUCGUUUUCUCAACCCGGCGAGAAACGAGGGGGCGGAAGAACACAGAGAAGAAGGAGCGCUGCUGUUCGCCUCUGCACGGCCCCUCUUUUUUCGGGAGUUAAUUUCAAACCUCCAGCCCGGACUCGCUGUUCUUGAGGAAUGGAAGCCGAACAGAAUCAGGAAGUUCCAGAGGCUGUCGCAGAGUCGCAGGCCGAAGAUAAGGAAUCGACCUCCGCCAGUCCUCCAGAGGAAGAGAAACCACAGGUAAAAAUAUCUGAACCAGAGAUGGAGGCCACAGAGAAAGUGCCAGAGGUGCAGCCUGCAGAAGCCAACUCGCCCCCAGACUCAGUCAAAGUAGUCGUGAGUGUGGAAGCAGCAGCUGAGGAACUACAGGCAAAGGCUCCAGAGGUGGAGAAGCCUGCUGAGGUUGUGGAGCAAAAGGCCGCUGAAGAACCAGAGAAGAAACCAGAAGCUUCCGAAUCGGAGCAGAAGGUGGAAGCAGGGGAUGCUGGAAAAGCAGAGGCUGCAGCUGCACCAGAACCUACUGCAGCAAAGGAGGCAGAGUCAACAGAGAAAGCAGGUGGUGAGGCACCAAACGCAGAAGGUGAAAAGCCACCAGCAGAGGCUGAGGGGGACAAGGCAGAGCUUCCCAAAGAGGCAGCGCAGCAGCCAAAAGAGCCAGAGAUUCCAGAGUUCUUCGGCUGGUUCCUGCUUUCAGAGGUUGAGGAGAGGAUUAAGUGCUCCACUAUGGACUUCAUCAAGACCCUGGACACUCUGGAGGCCUUUAAGACUCAUCUAAAUGAAUUUACUGGCGAAGCCGAGAAAGAGGUGGACCUUGAGCAGUACUUCCAGAACAAAGGGCCGCUCCACUGCACGACCAAGUUCUGCGACUACGGAAAGGCAGAAGGGUCGAAAGAAUAUGCUGAACAACAGGUGGUGAAGGACGCGCUGGGCAAUUCGGCGGAGCUGUCCGUCGUGGGUCUCAUGGUGACCCCUCGUACGUUCGGAGCCCACGUGGCACUGACCACAGAACAGCUGCAGCUGUGGCCCGAGGGGGCCGACAAAGAAGGCGUCCCCGAGGCCUCCCUUCCCAGUGUGGAGGCCCUCCCAGUGGGAAGCCGUGCUCACGUCACCUUGGGCUGCGCUGCGAAUGUGGAGGCAGUUCAGACUGGCCCGGACCUCCUGGACAUCCUCGCCCAAAAGAAGGGUGGUCAGGAGGCAUCUACUGUGGAGGAGCUGGAGCUGGGCACGCUCUCCUACCUGGGCGGGGGCCGCUGGUACCUGACCUUGAGGGAGGCGGUUACAUGCGACACCACUUUCUCCAGCUUCUCCGAAGACAAGCGUCCAGCAGAACCAGCCAAGAAGGAGGGAGGCGAGAAGAAGAAGAAGCCAAAGUGCUCCAUUCUGUGAGGGAGCUUGAGAAGAGAUCCUGAUCCCCAACCCCACCCUCUUUUCCAGUUUGCCUGAGGCUGGUUUUUUCCCUUGUAUAUGUGCGGUUGAUUUUUCUUGUGUGAUUGCCGUGGGUUUUGUAUGUGUGUGUAUGCGUGUGUAUGUACUAUUUCAGCUUUAGUGUACGCAUAGGGCUGGGGGAGUUUUUGGUACAUACUGCAAGCCCCUAUCAUUCCAAAGCAGCCUACUGGCCCCCAGCCCUCCCCAUUAGCAGGUGCCUUCUUCCUCCCCUCCCUUUCGCUUGGCAGCGCAAGCUCCGAGGCCUUAGAAUCUGCCUUAAGGUCAUUUCUCACACCCUGCUGUAGGUCAUAGUUCACUCGUUAGGUGCUACUACUAGCUCACUCGGCUUUGGCCGCUGCACUAUCUAGCCUAUCUGUUCUCUUCUGCACUGCUGUAUUCAGUCAGUCUUCCCUUGCACUUGAAAUGAGGUUAGCUUAGCUUAGCUUAAUUACUGGGACGUGUUUAGCUCUGUUCAUUAGUUUAGUCAACAGCUACACAGCUUUGUGGUCACCACCGGUCACUUUCUUUUUGUUUGUUUUGUUCUAAUUUUGAUUAGUUCUGGGGUGGGUUUCUCAAAAGAUUCUUAGCACUUAGAUUAGCCUAAAUGGUCGAGUGAGCUUCACACUGAGCACUCUCUCGCCAUAUUAAGAUGUUCUCCAUGCUUAGAUGCUUUUGGAAAACUGGGCCCUGUUUUUUGUAUUUGAGCAGACUGGAGUUCUAGAAGGUCAGGUUGUCAGAUUCUGCAACUUGACAGCCAAUAUCAGUGCCAAAUUGUACAUUUUUUGGCUCAUUAAUACUCCUGUUUGUUUAGUCUGCUUCAUGAAUUUGCUUAUGGUUUAAUACUGUGUGUUUGUUUGUUUGUAUGACCUGACUGACUGACUGACUGUUUGUUUGGGUGGACUGGUGAGAGCGUGUGUUUGUGUGUGUGUGUAUGCACAUGUUUUUUUUUGUUUGUUUGUUUGUUUGGAGUAUUUGGUGUUUCUCUUCUCUUUUUGCAGUACAAUAGUAUUAUUAUUCCUAUUAUGACUUUUGUGAUGAACUUCAUUAAGACUGCAUGCCGCAUCAAAAAAAAAAUUUAGCACAUUUCAAUUUCAAUUUAGACAUCAACCUCCAAUACACAGGCAUUUUUUACUUCACUUUUCCUCUCUGUAUCAAUCAUUGACCACACAUUCAGUCUUAUUCUCAAUGAGUGAAACUGUGAAUGUCUUUUCGGAAAGCCUUCAUGCGGUGCUGCAGCAGUAGCCACUCCACAGGAGCUUUCUUUAUGAAUGAGCCGUCUAGCCAUCAUGUUAUCUUCACUUAAUCAUCAUCUUUUCUGCUGAUCUGAAUGGUGAUGCAGUAUUAUCGUCGGUACUCAUCCUUCCUUUUUAAGGAAAAAUUCCAAGAAGUUGAAUACCUGUAGAUCAUGGUUGAAUUUUGAAAGCCUCUGAAGUUUCGACAGCUUGCCUAAUUUAAUUAAAUUUGGUCUCAUCUUGGUCUUAACAAAAAAUGCUUUGCAAAAAAAGAAAAAAAGCCUAUAGCUGUGGACAGAUGUAGGUUACCAAAAUGUCCUAAAUUUAGUACAGACUUAAUGCACACAGUGGCUUAUUUACUGUGUAUCAUUAAGAGUGGUGUUUAAGUACCAACAAUAUCUUUUCGGCAAGCCUUCAUGUGGUGCUGCAGCAGCUGUCGCUCCAUGGAAGCUUUCUUUCUGAAUGUGCAGUUUAGCCAGUAUGUUAGCAAAAACGUUAGCAAAAAUGUUAGCCAACACGCCACAAUGAUAUCUUCACAUAACCAAGAUUUUCUACUGUCGAUUCGAAUGGCGACCGCCAGCACUAUCGUUGGUUAGUUAUUCAGUCGGUUUAGCUUUAGAGCUAGUGUCACACAAGCAACGUUCUUUCCCUUCGCUGUCACUUUCGACAAAAGGUGCACUCUGAAUACUGUGACUGGCCACUGCCUCCUGCCUUUCUCCGCAGUUGGGUGCUCGAAGGCAGCAGCUGUGCUCAUGUAGGCCUCCGACACUAUGAGGCGCUAUGUUUUUUGCACUUACAUUUUUUUUACGUUUGUUUUGUACACUUAAUAAAAGAAUUUGCUUGGCUCUAAAA